CUCACAAUGGAAACAAAUUUAUCAGUACUAUACGUUCUCUAAAUUAAAGAACAUCUCUUAAGGGUGAAAGAAUGGAGAAUGAUGAGAAGUCUCUGUUCAAGAAACCUGCUGGUAAAGGUGAACAAAUAUUGGCGGAAGAAAAUUUGGUAUCUCCAAGAAAUCACAAGGAGUGCUUGGAUGAGAGAGAGGGGUUGAAAGCGAUGGGAGAGAAGUCUGAUCUCCUGAUCAGGGCCGGUUCAUCUCGUGGUCUUGAUAUCUCCAAAGGUGAAAGGGUGAUGAGGGAGAAGACCACUCUCAAUAAUCCCAUCAGUAGUAGUACUAUUGGGAAGAAGAAGGUUUUGCCGAGGAACACAACAGAGGAAGAUGUGAAGGAUUACAUUUCUAAAUCCCACCGGUUGGCACACAUAGGAAAGAAGGCAAGGAAACUAUACAAAAAAGAAGAAGAAGAAGAAGAGCCCGCAAACGAGGAUCAUACUUCUAUUUUCCCAUCCCCUCUUGAUGCUUCCGAUGCAGAGAUUAAGUCUUCAAUCAAGAAACCGGAUUUGAUACUCGAUGAUAUGAAGGGUCUUGGGUUUGGUCCUCACCUUUCUCCUGUCUUCGAAUUGUUUCUGGUUUCACUGAGAGCAAAGGGAACUGGUCGACAAAGAAGAGUCCUUAUCUCCAAGGGAAGAGGGUGA